AUUUUCUGUCUUUCACAGGAAGAAGAAGAAGAAGAAUAAGAAUCUCUGUAUGCUGUUUCAGAUCCAAAAUCUCUCCAUUAUAAUCCAGACCUCAAUUUUCGUUAAUUUCACCGGAUCUCCCAACCAAAGAUCCGAUUUCUGAUCUCUGAUCUCCGAUCUGACGGAGAAACCCUGACACUCCGAUGGCGGGAGCCGCCUCGGCCCUCUUCCUUCUCGAUAUCAAAGGUAGAGUUCUCGUUUGGCGCGACUACCGUGGAGACGUCUCUGCCGUUCAAGCCGAACGUUUCUUCACCAAGCUAAUCGAGAAAGAGGGAGAUCCGCAAUCACAAGAUCCAGUUGUACAUGACAAUGGAGUUACCUAUUUGUUUAUUCAGCAUAAUAAUGUUUAUUUGAUGACUGCUUCUAGACAGAACUGCAACGCUGCAAGCCUUCUCCUAUUUCUUCAUCGUGUAGUUGAUGUUUUUAAGCAUUAUUUUGAAGAGCUAGAGGAAGAAUCACUGAGAGAUAACUUUGUUGUUGUGUAUGAAUUGCUUGAUGAGAUGAUGGACUUUGGUUACCCUCAGUAUACAGAAGCGAAGAUUCUCAGUGAAUUUAUCAAGAUUGAUGCUUACAGGAUGGAAGUUGCUCAGAGGCCACCCAUGGCUGUGACAAAUGCUGUAUCUUGGCGUAGCGAGGGCAUACAAUAUAAGAAAAAUGAAGUCUUCUUGGAUGUUGUAGAGAGUGUUAAUAUACUUGUCAACAGCAAUGGCCAAAUUAUUAGGUCAGAUGUUGUUGGGGCAUUAAAGAUGAGAACUUAUUUAAGUGGGAUGCCAGAGUGUAAGCUUGGGCUAAAUGAUAGAGUGCUAUUGGAGGCUCAAGGGAGGACAACAAAAGGAAAAGCCAUAGAUCUUGAUGACAUCAAGUUUCAUCAGUGUGUUCGGUUGGCCCGGUUUGAAAAUGAUCGUACUAUAUCAUUUAUACCCCCUGAUGGAUCCUUUGAUCUUAUGACAUACAGGCUAAGUACCCAGGUAAAGCCUCUUGUAUGGGUAGAAGCACAGGUUGAAAGGCAUUCUAGAAGUCGAAUUGAGAUUAUGGUGAAAGCAAGGAGUCAAUUUAAGGAGCGUAGCACUGCGACCAAUGUUGAAAUUGAGUUGCCUGUCCCAUCUGAUGCUACUAAACCAAAUGUUCGAACAUCAAUGGGCUCCGCCCAAUAUGCGCCGGAGAAUGAUGCACUGGUCUGGAAAAUAAAAUCUUUUCCAGGUGGUAAGGAGUAUAUGCUUAGAGCAGAAUUUACUCUACCAAGUAUAACAGCAGAAGAUGCAGCUCCCGAGAGAAAAGCUCCUAUUCGCGUAAAAUUUGAGAUACCAUAUUUCACCGUUUCAGGAAUACAGGUUCGAUACCUGAAGAUCAUUGAGAAAAGCGGAUACCAGGCUCUUCCAUGGGUAAGGUAUAUAACCAUGGCUGGAGAAUACGAGCUGAGACUUGUAUGAGAGUUCCCAUCAAUUGGUUCGACAUGCCAUUGAGGUUAGUUAUGUACGCGACGAUUCGCAACUCAUGUCAUGCAAAAACAAAAAAAAAUGAAAGAAAAGAAAAACAAAAUGGGCUGAGGCAGUUUUUGGCUUCUAGAGUUCUGCAAGAUUUUUUUCUGGUACACAAAUGUUCUUUUCUGUAGAAUCUUGUAACAGUUGAUUGCAGUUUCAUUCAACCAAUUGAAGCUCGAGAAAUCUGGACGUUGAUUCUUUAUUUUUAUUUUUUUGUCUUUCGGCGUAUUCUCAA